AUGGGUCCCAAGAAAGAGGCCGUGGUCGAGAAGGUCCUUCUGGGACGACCAGGAAACAACCUGAAAAGCGGUAUCGUCGGUCUUGCCAACGUCGGCAAGUCGACGCUUUUCCAAGCGAUCACAAAAUGCUCACUCGGUAACCCUGCCAACUUUCCGUAUGCCACCAUUGACCCGGAAGAGGCUCGUGUCAUCGUCCCAGAUGCGCGCUAUGAAUGGUUGUGUGAACAAUAUAAGCCCAAGUCGCGAGUUCCCGCCAACUUGACUGUCUAUGAUAUUGCUGGUCUCACGCGCGGCGCGUCUACCGGUGCCGGGCUUGGUAACGCCUUUUUGUCCCAUAUUCGUGCCGUCGAUGCCAUCUUCCAAGUGGUCCGUUGUUUUGACGACGCCGAGAUCAUCCACGUUGAGGGUGACGUUGACCCUGUUCGUGAUUUGAAUAUUAUCAGCGAGGAACUGCGCCUCAAGGAUAUCGAAUUCGUCGAGAAGGCAUUAGAGAAUCUUGCCAAGCAGACUAGGAGAGGAGGCCAAAGUCUGGAAAUGAAGAAGUUGAAAGAGGAAGAAGCCACUGUCACCAAGAUUCUUGAAUGGUUGAAGGAUGGCAAGGACGUCCGCAAGAACGACUGGUCGCCCAAGGAGGUUGAGAUUAUCAACCCUCUCAUGCUUCUCACCGCGAAACCCGUUGUCUAUCUGGUGAACUUGAGCGAAAAAGACUACCUUCGCCAGAAGAACAAGCAUCUGCCUAAGAUUGCAGAAUGGGUCAAGGAACACGCCACUGGCGAUCCUAUCAUUCCCCUUUCCAUCUGCUUUGAGGAAAGAUUAACCCGGUUUGAAACCGACGCCGAGGUUGACGAAGAGUGCAAGAAGCUGGGAACCAAGUCGGCUCUACCAAAGGUCAUUGUUACCAUGCGUAACGCCUUGAACCUAGGCAGCUUUUUCACAUGUGGUUCUGACGAAGUCCGACAAUGGACCAUCCGUAAAGGCACCAAGGCUCCUCAAGCCGCCGGUGUCAUCCAUACAGAUUUCGAGAAGACGUUCAUUCAGGCCGUUGUAUUCAAUUACAAUACCCUGAAAGAAUAUGGUGAUGAAGCCUCAGUCAAAGCUGCCGGGAAGAUCAUGACCAAGGGCAAAGACUACGUCGUCGAGGAUGGUGAUAUUCUUCUCAUCAAGGCGGGGUCACGAUCCAAAGUCAAGUCCUCGGUGCAGCGUGCCCUUCGAUCAAAAUUCAUUGAAACGUACCCCGGCUUCGAGCCGUAUAUCGAUGAAAUCCUCCCUAAGAAAGCUUCUUUGCAAGCUGUGAAGCUACCAGAUCGAAAUACCCUCUACGCAAUCGACACAACACCGUUAUUCUACCAACCCUUCGACGGCCCUCCAAUCCCGCAUCUCAAACUCGUGCAUUCCUUCCCUGACGCCAUCCCCACAAUCGGAAUCGAUCGAGGCGCUAUUCGAUUCGUGCUCUCUGGUGCUGCGUUGAUGGCGCCGGGGUUGACGUCUGCUGGAGGUCGCUUACCGGCGAAAGAAGAUGCUUUGGAGGCUGGGGAUGUUGUGGCGGUGACGGCCGAGGGUAAGGAGGAGGUGUGUUUGGUGGGGGUGUUGAAGAUGGGGACGGAGGAUAUGAAGGAAAAGGGGAAAGGCGUGGUUAUGGAUGCAGGGCAUUAUCUAGGGGAUGGACUGUGGAAGAUGAAUUUGGAUUAG